AUGAAAAUGGAUAAUAUUAUAGUUGAUAAUAAUCAACAACAACAACAACAACAAGAACAACAACAAUCACAAAAGAGAAGUGCCGCAGAUUUAAUUGGUAGUAAUAUUACUGCAAAUUCAUCAUCAAAAUAUCAAUGUCUACAAUUAAAUAAGAAUAAUAAUAGUUUAAAUAUAUCAAACAAACAAUAUAAAUCAUUACCUAAAUAUACUAAAGGUAUAUCGGAAGAAGAUUUUACAAAACAAAUUUUAGAUUAUUUAGAUAUUGAUCCAAAAGAUAUUGAAAAUAUAACAAAGAUUGAAUCAAUCAAAAUUAGAGAAGGUGUUUAUAUGAAUAUUUUAGCAAGACAUUUAGAUUACCAAGUGUUAAAGAAUUGGAUCGAGGAAGCUAUGACCAAUAAGCAAUGGAGAGUAGUUUCAAUGUUGGUUGUUCUUUCAAAUUCAGUUUCAUCAUUCUUGGUACCAUCGCUUAUCGCCAACUUGAUCAACGCCAGAAAAGACAAUUUGCUCCAGGCAUGCUUGCGAACGAUGAACGACAUUUCCGUUGGCGAUCAAAUUCUCAUUAUAAAGUAUUGCUUGGAGAGCGUCGCCAGUAGAGUAUCGCUGUUGAACUGUGUGUUGUGGACAUCGAUUCUACUGGACAGCCACUUCCAAGAAUGGAUGAGAACUCCAGAGAUACUCGAGCCAUACUCUGAAAUCAUUCGUAAUCUUCAGUAUGAAAGUAAACUUAUCGGUAGAUCCAAAGCAUUCAUUCAAUCAAAAUUGGAUUCCGAACAAACUAUAGAUGCAAAUUAUUCAAUUCAUUAUUUUGAUUUAUAA